CUUUUAAACGACGUCGCUUCGAGUUCUGUCUCUUUAUCUCAGGGGAAUACCUCGCAGCCCUACCUUGGUCCGUCGGUGAUCGGAGGAGUAACGUUCAAUCUCCGGCGAGCUCAUGGUGCCAUGAAGAUAGUGACUUAUAACGUGAAUGGCCUAAGGCCACGCAUCUCUCAGUUCGGCUCUCUCCUCAAAUUUCUCAGUUCCCUCGACGCCGACAUCAUCUGCGUUCAGGAGACGAAGCUAUCGAGGCAUGAACUGACGGCAGAUGUGGUGAUGGCGGAUGGAUACGAAUCCUUCUUUUCUUGCACCCGCACGAACAGCAAAGGUCGGGUGGGCUACUCCGGUGUUGCAACAUUUUGCCGUGUGAAGUCAGCAUUUUCGAGCACUGAAGUGGCGUUGCCAAUUGCAGCAGAAGAAGGCUUCACCGGCCUCCUUGAAAAGUCUGGAGGGUUUGGAACUGGAAAGGAUGAAAUCCCUGUAAAAGCAGAAGGUCUUGAAGAGUUUGCCAAAGAUGAGCUUCUCAAGGUUGACAGUGAGGGCCGUUGCAUUAUCACGGAUCAUGGUCAUUUUGUUCUUUUCAAUAUAUAUGGGCCCCGAGCUGACUCUGAGGAUACAGAAAGGAUUCAGUUUAAGCACACUUUUUUCCAGAUAUUACAGAAAAGAUGGGAGACUCUCCAGCAGCAGGGGAGGAGGAUAUUUGUUGUUGGUGAUCUUAAUAUUGCUCCUGCUGCUAUAGAUCGCUGUGAUGCUGGACCAGAUUUUGAGAAGAAUGAGUUCAGGAGAUGGUUUAGAUCUAUGCUAGUGGAAUGUGGAGGCCCUUUCUUUGAUGUUUUUAGAGCAAAACAUCCUGACAGAAGAGAAGCAUACACAUGCUGGUCAUCGAGCACAGGUGCAGAGGAAUUCAAUUAUGGGUCAAGAAUUGACCAUAUUCUCAGUUCUGGGUCAUGCUUACAUCAAGACCAUUGCCUGCAAGAUCGUAUCUUUGUUACUUGCCAUGUUAAAGAAUGUGACAUAUUGACUCAGUUUAAGCGAUGGAAGCCUGGAAACAAACCCAGGUGGAAAGGAGGGAGAAGCAUCAAACUAGAAGGUUCUGAUCAUGCUCCUGUUUUUAUGAGUUUAAUGGAUAUCCCUGAUGUUGCGCAGCAUAGUACUCCAUCUUUGUCUGCUAGAUAUGUUCCUACGGUUCAUGGGUUCCAGCAAACUAUUGCAUCAGUAUUAAUGAAAAGACAAAAGGCUGAGCAAGUAAAGACCUUCGAGGUAUCAAGUUCAUUUUCAGAUGAAAAUAUUACAACUAGAAGUUGCAGUGAGAUUCUGAAAAGAUCAUCCCAAGACUGCUGUAUAUCUGACCUGCCUUCAGGCGACUUUCUGUCUUCUUCAAAUCUGCAAUCAGAAGGUGUCAUUCCAAGACUGGAUGGGCCCUCCAUAUGUUCCAUUAGUGAUUCUUCCAAUAGAAUUAUAACCGCCUCAAUAAUCAGGCAAACAAAAUCAACGCCUGGCACAGUAACAAAGAAAAAAGCAAGACAAAGUCAAUGCUCCCAACUCUCUCUGAAGUCAUUUUUCCAGAAAAGUUCCAACGUUAAAGAUGGUGUUGAUAAUGCUGCAGCUGAUGCGUCACUUGAUCAGGCAGAUGAGUCAAAGUCUAAUCAGAACCCCAACAAGACUUCUAUGGGUGAUGAUGAAAGCAAGAGUUCAAAGAUGGUGGAGUUGGAUGUUAGUGCAUCCAAUCAGGAACAAGGUGUGGUAAUUUCCGGCAGUUCCCCGCAAAGGGAUAAAAAUGAUAUAGCUUUAGUGGAGUGGCAAAGGAUUCAACAACUCAUGCAGAACAGCAUACCUCUUUGUAAGGGCCAUGGUGAACCCUGUGUUUCUCGGUUAGCUAAGAAACCUGGUCCAAAUCAUGGACGCAGGUUUUAUGUCUGUGCUCGGGCUGAGGGACCAGCGUCUAAUCCUGAAACAAAUUGCGGUUACUUCAAGUGGGCUGCUUCAAAAUCUAGGCACAGAUGACGCUGGUGAUUAAUUAUUUGCCGGCUGGUCAGUCUCUGACAGUUUUGGCUGAACGGAUCUGAAGCCCUCGAUUCCCCACUAAGCCUUGAUCUAGUAGUAGCCCUUUGAUGAUGCAGGCAGAUUAUUAGAUUCUGGGAAAAUUGUGUUGCUAAAAGGUAUUCCUGUUCAUAUCUCGUAUUUAAUUUUUCCUUUAAUACGAUGUCAGAGGUAUUACCGUUUUUA